AUGCGGGUUCCCCAGGCUCCCCGUGCCGUCCCUCUUGUAGGGAGUCUAACAGGGGGCCCUACAGGCGGUCUUACUGGGGGUGUGCGGCCCCUAGGGGCCCUAGCGGGGGCCCCCCCUCCCCUUAAUCGCUCUGUAGGAAGCCUGGGUACUGGAUCAUGGAUGAGGCUGGCGCUGCAGCGGACAUCCGCGCUGCUGGCAGGGGAGAAGGUGCAGCAAGGCCAGCAGCAGCAGCAGCAGCAGCAGGACGUGCAGAAAGGAACAGGAUCUGCUGCUGCUCCUGCUGCUCCUACUCCUGCUGCUCCUGCUCCUGCUGCUGCCGCUCAUGAUGGCGAGAAGCAGCAGAAGCAAGCAACUAAGCGGCCAUCAGCGCUGCAAGAGGAGCAGCAGCAGCAGCAGGAAGAGGAGGACGACCAGCAGCAGCAGCAGCAGCAGCAGCAAGGGAAGAGCAGCAGCAAAUCAAGACGCAGCAAGAGAGUACCCUCAGGGUCUGACGAAUGUGUCUCUCGUGAUCCUCCUGUAGGGAAGCGCCGCAAAGGAGAAGCAGCAGCAGCUGCUGCAGUUGCUGCUGCUCCUGCUGCUGAUCCUGCUCCUGCUGCCCCUGUUGCUGCUGAUACCUCGUCAGGAAGGCAGAAGGGCCCCAUCAUGGGGGCCCCUCCUGUCUCCAUAGAUAAAGGAGAAAAAGAAAUAAAUAAAAAGGGUACUAAGGAGACAGAGGAGGCCCCAUCAAAGGUAAAAAAGAGGCAGCAUAAGAGUAAGAGAGCAGCAGCAGCAGCAGCAGCAGCAGAAGACAUGACUGCAGCAGAAGACACAGACACAGCAGCAGCAGCAGCAGCAGAUGCUGCUAAUUCCUCUGAACAUGACUACAGCCAUGAGAGGGAGCAGCACAAGCAGCGGCAGCACCACAAGCAGCAUAAGCAGCAGCAACAGGAACAGCAGCAGCAGCAGCAGCAGCAGCAGCAGCAGAGAGAAAGGCCUCCAGAGGAGACAGCAGAAAGCUUUUCUUUUGUUGUUGGUCUUAUUGGUGGUCUUGCUGUGCCCGCCUCUGCUGCUGCUGCUGCUGCUUCUACAGCACCUAGCGACGAGCAGCAGCAACAGCAGCAGCAGCAGGAAGAGCAGCAGCAGCAGCAGCAGGAAAGACGAAGGAAACACCACAAAUCCUCAAGAAGAAAAGUACCCGAUUAUGAAUCUCCUGAUGAGGGGCCCCUGGGGGCCCCGGUGGGGCGCAGCAGCCAUCUUAGCGACUGCAGCAGGAGCUCCAAGCAGCAGCAACAGCAGCAGCAGCAGCAGGAGAUGGAGACAGAGAAGGCUAGAAGGAGACGCAAAGAUCGCCGCCGCCACCGCCGCUCAGCGGAGGCCCUAUCGGGUACUGGGGACCUCUUGGGGGCCCCUGUACCCUCUGGGGGCCCCCUGGAGGAGGCCCCCGAGGCCCCCAUAGAAGAGGAGAGGGACUGGGAGGGGCCCCCUCCUGACUAUGUAAGCGAAGGGAGAGAUAAGGGUAUAGAGGAGGGUACAAAGAGGGUACUGAACCCUAAAGGGGCCCCCCAUGCAACAUCAAUAGGGGUACAGGCAGGGGCCCCCUGCCAUCCUUGCUUCUCCUCUGUCUGGUCCCUUGAUCUUAAUGCAGCAGCACUGAUGCAGCAGCAGCAGGAGCAGCAGCAGCUGCAGCAGCUGCAGCAGCUAAUAGGGGACCAAGAUAAACCUAAUAAAGAUACAACAGCACCUCCUGCGGAGGGGGGCCCCCAUGGGGGCCCUCCCUGCCCCGUACCCAAUGCAGCAGAUCCUAAUUCACACUUCCCUUCUGCUGCAGCAGCAGCAACAGCAGCAGCAGCAGCUGCUGCUGCUGCUACAUGGAGUAGUGAUGCUGCUACCUGUAAGCAGCUGUAUGAAGAAAGUUCUUCAUCAGGAGAGGAGUCCCCUAUACCUAAAUAUAAUAAUAGGGGGCCCCUAAGGGGCCCCCCCCACAGGGGGGCCCCAGGGGCCCCCCCACUGCAGCCCCGUUACCGUUCCUUUGGCAGCAGUUCCCGCUGCAGUCUUUUCUCCUCCCCUGCAGCAGCAGCAGCAGCAGGACCUCCUGAGCGUUAUGGAGGCCCCACAGGAGGGGUUCUUUCUACGGGGGGCCCCCCUGGGGGCCCCCCACUACCUGAGGACCCCUCUAGUGAUGCUGCACGGCUGGUUAGGGCCCUGCAGAGGGUGCACCGCAGGUUGCUGCUGCGGGGACAAAGUGCUGUGCUGCGCAGCGACAGCAGCAGCGAAGAAGAAGGCAGCAGCAGAGAGGCUUCUCCCCCUCCCUCACCUAUUGCUGUUGGUGCAGCAGCAGCAGCAGAUGCUGCUGCUGCUGCAGAUGCGCCUCGUGAUGGGGGACAGGGAAGUACAGGUCUUGCUGCUCUUGCUACCAGUGAUGCAGCAGCAGCAGCAGCAGCACCUCUGAAUACACCCGCUGCUGCUGCUGCUGCACCUGCUGCCGUUUCUCCUCCACCAAGCGCCACUCUAGCGCAGGCCGCAGCAACUGCAACAGCAGCAGUACCUGCUGCUGCUGCUGCUGCUCUUGCUGCAGUUGCUACACCCUAUCUUCGCCGCCGCCAGCCUCGCAGCAGCGCACCCCCUUCUUUGUAUCUUUAUGGGGGCCCCCGGGGGGGCCCCCACGACCUCCUUAGCGGCAGCAGCGACUCGGAGGGCCCCCUGCCAGAGAGGCCUUCAAUACCAAUGCCUAGCAGCAGCAGCAGCAGCAGCAGCAGCAGCGGCAGCGGCAGCACGAAGAGUAUCAGGAAAAGCAGCAACAGCACUGGCAGCAGCCCCGUUAGCAGCAGCAGCAGGAGAGCAGCAGCAGCAGGCAAUCAGGGUACAGUGGGUAGUCCCCUUAAAUCUGCGGAGACACCGCAAAGGUUAGGGGGCCCCCUAGGGGGCCCCCCUAAGCCCCCUGUAGUUUUAGAGGGUACCCCACAGAUGCAGCAUAGCUCGAGCAGCACGGCUGCUGCAGCAGCAGCAGCUGCUGCAGCAGCAGCAGCUGAUGCAGCCACACCGUUGCUGCUUGAAGCGCCAAGCCUUACCGCCUGGUGGGGACCCAAGGUGCUGGCGAAGAGACAGCAGCAGGAGCAGCAGCAGCAGCAGCAGCAGCAGCAGCAGCAGCAGGAAGUGCAGCAGGAGCAGCAGCAACAGCAGCAGAGCCCGCAGCAGCAGGUGGAGGAACCGCCAUUGCAGCAGCAAGAGAUACAGGAGGAGGAAGACAUGCAGGAAGACAUGCAUCAAGAGCAGCAGCAGCAGCAGGAGCAGGGCGAGCUGCAGCAGCAGGAGGAACAGGAGCAGCAGCAGCAGGAGGACAAUUCUCAAGUGCUGCAGCAGCAACAGGGUGCGCAGCAGUUGCUGCUGCUGCUGCAGCAGCAACAGCAGCAUUCGCCGCAGCCGGAGGACCUCCAACAGACGCAGCUGCAGCGUGAAGAACUGCAGCCUCAGCAGCAGCAGCAGCAGCAGCAACAGCAGCAGGAAGAGCUGCAGCAAACGCAGCUGCAGCGGGACGAACCGCAGCCACAGCCGCAGCAACCUCUUCAGCAACAGCUGCAGCAGCUGCAGCAGCAGCAGCAGCAGCAGCAGCACGAAGGAGAAUUGUAUAAAAGUCUUGCUGCUGAUGACGGGGUGUCUCCCUAUCCUCUGCUGCCGUCUCCUAACAAAGAAAGAUUCUCCUUUAAGAGGGGGCCCCCCAUGGCAGCAGCAGCAACAGCAGCAGCAACAGAAGCAGCAGCAGCAGCUAACGGCACUCCCUCUAGGGGGCCCCUCAGCGACAACAGGGUACAGCAGGGGACCCCCACUGCAACGUCUCCUCGCUCAGUGCAGCAGCAGGAAGGAGCAGCAGAUCAAUUGGGGGGGCCCCUCGGAGAUACAGAGGCAUCCUCACAGGGUACAGGGGGGCCCCCAAGGGAAGAAAGUGAUGCAGGGACCUCUCCAGCGCAAGAAGAGGGUACCGAGGGGGCCCCAUCGCAAACAGAGGAUAUGGAGGCCCCCCACACACAUAUAGAGGGUGCAGAGGGGCCCCCAUCACAACCUGAUGGUACGGAGGGGCCCCCAGCCGAAGCAGAAGGUACCCAGGGGCCCACAAUAGAGGGCAAGGGUUCAGAGGGGCACAACGGCUAUCCAAAGAGUAGCGAGGGGGCCCUAGAAGAGACAGUACAUGAGGGGGGCCCUGAGGGGACAGCUGAAGAGGACAGGGGGCCCCCUGAAGAGACACAUGAGGAAGGGGCCCCGGAGGAGACACCUGGGGAGGGGGCCCCCAAGGAGACAGUUGCUGCAUGGGGUACACAAGAGAUAGAAGGAGAAGAUAUUAUCUUAUCCGAAGAGGGUACAAAUGGGGGGCCCCUUGAGGGGGGCCCCCUUAUGUACCCUGUAGGUGGGGAGGGGCCCCCUCUUGUUGUCUCCUUAUUUGAUUCAGAAGGAGAGACAGGCAGCAGAGACACAUCUCCUAGACCGCAGCAGCAGCAGCAGGAGCACGAGGAGCAGCAGCAACUGCUGCAGCAUCCACGUGGAGCAGCAGCAGCAGAAGCAGCAGAAGCAGCGAUGGAGACAGACGAAAACGUCCCCGAGCAGCAGCAGCAGCAACAACAGCAGCAGCAACAGCAGCAGCAGCAGCAGCAUUUGCUGCCAUGGGAAGAGAAGGCAUUAAAGUGCGACAAAGUGUCUCCUUUAUCCAACCCCGAGUUCCCUCAAGCUGCUGCUGCUGCAGCAGCAGCUGCUGCAGCAGCAGCAGCAGCAACACCACCACCACCAACAGCAGCAGCAGCAGCAACAGCAGCAGCAGCAGCAGCAAGUCCCCCUUCCUGCUGGUUUAAGAGUCUAGGGGAUAUAAGGAGACACAAGACAGCAGCAAAUCCGCGUGUCUCUCGUUGCGGUGUAUUGACAGAUGAUGAUAUUAAAUUAGCACAUAAAUUAAUGGGUAUUCCCCUAGAGGAGGAGGGGGCCCCCUCGGAGGGGGGCCCCCCUACUGAAGGGGGCCCCCCUGCAGAGGGGGGCCCCCCUACUGAGGGGCCCCCCACCAGAGCUCGCUUUGGCAUCUGCCUGACUCGGGUUCCUCGUUGUUUGUUGCUUCCUUCGCACUUUUAUAGUUCUCUUUCUUUAUAUGGUUUCCCUGCAGUCAGGCGUUGGACAUUAAGAGGAGAUAUAGAUCUAUUUUCUUUUGAUGUUAUUCUUCUUCCCCUCCAUUUAGAUAAAAGGGCACAUUGGGCACUUGGUUGCCUCCUUAUCAGGGAAAAGAAGGUUCUUUACUUUGAUUCUCUUCGUUGUGACGAAGAUGCUGCCAAAUUCUAUAAGAUAAUGAGGAAUUAUUUAGCAGCAGAACAUUUAGAUAAAAAGAAGAAACCCUUGCCUACUGCUGAAUGGCGUGGUGUUAUCCCUGUAAACCCUAAACCCUAA